AAAAUUAUCGUUAUAAGAAAUAUGUUAUUCCUUACUAUUAUACUGCUGUUUGGUCUAUACACAUCAUCGUCCUGUAAUUUUGUGCCAAGAGAUUAUGGUCUUUGUUCCCAAGUUUAUCAAAUGUACGAAUAUUGUUCUGGACAAAGUACUGAUGAAACUACAACCGUCGUAAAUGGAAGAAGGGGAAAAGCAGGGCCACCUGGACCGCCUGGAAUACCUGGAAGUCCUGGAGUCGUAAAUGUCGCAUUAAUCGACACAAAAAUAUCGGAAAAGUUUGCAGAAUUGGAAAAACAAAACAACAAAAGUUUAGAACAAUGUCAAACCAAGCUCUCCGUCAUAGAAAAACAAUUAGAGGAUCUUCAAAUAAAUGACUGCAGCAAAGUACCCAGAGAAAAAGCUAGUGACGGAAGAGGCGGAGUUUUCAAUAUUUAUCCUCUGGGAUUUGAGAGAGUUGAAACUUACUGCGACCUAACAACAGACGGAGGAGGCUGGCUGGUAUUUCAAAGACGAAUGGAUGGUUCAGUUGAUUUUUUCAGGAAAUAUAAUGACUAUGUCCAUGGAUUUGGUGUAAAGCAUGGAGAAUAUUGGCUUGGACUAAAACUACUUAAUCGAUUAACUUCAUCUCGGGAGUAUGAGUUACGAAUCGACCUAGAAGACUGGGAUGGAAACCGAAAAUUCGCCAAAUAUUCAUCUUUCAAAAUCGGAAAUUCAGCGUCUGGUUAUCAACUGACGAUUGGGGGAUACUCAGGCAACGCAGGAGAUUCUAUGAAUAAUGGCAAUGGCAGAUCAUUCAGCACAAAAGACAAUGAUUCCGACAACAGCAGCUCGCAAGACUGUGCUACUCUCUAUAAAGGCGCCUGGUGGUAUAAUAGUUGUCAUCAUGCCAAUCUAAACGGAUUUUACUUUGUAGGAGGAACACACAAAUCAUUCGCAGACGGCAUAGAAUGGCAUUCGUGGAAAGAAUAUCACUACUCACUGAAGUUUACCGAGAUGAAAAUCAGAGCAUUGUAACUUACUGUAAAAACGUAUCUAUUAGUUUAUAAUUAUUAAAUAAAAACUUCCUAAAUGA